UCGUUAUUAUCUGCCUGUGGAAGUCAGCCAAACUUCGCAAAGGAACUGGUAACUUUAUGAUUCUUCUUCUUUCCUCGUUCGAUCUACUUGCCAUCGUAGUUGGACAUCCUGCAGUCAUUUUAAUCACUGUGCCUUGGUCAAGAACCGACAACAGUUCAGCACAUUGGUCUACCAGAUCAGAAAGUGAUGGAUACCACCUCGCUGAAGUGGUAAUGUACGCCUCCCAUUACAGCCAAACUUUUACUUUAUCCACACUUCUGGCGAUGACCAUCGAUCGGUACCUCGCAAUAACGCGACCAUUCUUUCACAGAAUCCAUGUGACGAAACGACGGCUUUUGGCACUUUCAGUUAUGAUGCAGUUGCUGUAUAUUGUGGCACUAACGUUUCGAUUCUUCAAAGGUUUCAAGGCAAUCUACUACGGCGGGGCGUCUCUAAUCAUGGGAACUGAAAUGAUUUUCUUGGUUGUCAUGAAUUACAGAGUUUUCACAAUAGCUGCCAAAGCAAAACGCAACGAACAAGCAUCCAGGACGCAGUUGGCACUUUUGAAAAAGGGCAGCACCUGCUUGUUGGCUGUUGCCUGUUUCUUCGUCUGUUUAACUCCACUUCUUGUGUACAUUGUAUUAAGGGCCACUUCAACUGAUCUGCUUAGCGAAGAUACCUUGACGUUGCUUCGCCUCUGGGGAAGCACAAGUUUAGGCAUGAACUCGACAUGGAAUUGCGUAAUAUUUUUUUGGCGAAAUGAAAUACUCCGCAAUGCAGGAAAGAAGCUAUUACCUGGAUGUCUGAAGCUCUGA